AUGGGACAAACACCUCCGUCGUCCUCUCUCCUCCCAACCACUACCAACAAGAAUAACCAGUUGACAUCAUCUCCUGCCACUCAUCAUCCCAUUGAACUACAAGAAACAACAACAAGAAAUCCCCUUUCGAACAAUCAUGUGGGUGGUGGUGUUACAGGAGCGACUUUGAUCACAUCAACCAUCAACUCCAUGUCUUCGGGAGGUGCCACACAAUCUGCAACCAAUCCACAACUUUCUCAACAACAACCUGUUUCGAAUUAUUUAAAUAAUGUUUCUCUUUUUAAUGCAAAUCCGAAUUUGGGAUAUGCCAAUACUCCAACAUCGGAUCCAUUUCGAUUAAUUAUUAAACAAUUUGCUGACAUGUUGAGACCAUCGUCAUCAAUGGUUUCCACACAAGAAGGUUUUACAAGUGUGGCAUUAAAAUUGGAUGAAAUUGCAAAAAUUCAUGAAGACAUUGUCACAAAUUAUAAGAAAUAUUUAAGUUUGUUGGAAUUUUCUGGCGAACAAGAAAAGGGAAAUGUUUUAUUUGGAUCAAGUUCGGCGAGUUUUGCUGAUGAAGAUGGAUUUUCCAAUGAAGCUUUUGAAAAUAUUGUGAAUGGAAUUAAAAAUCAUGUGACAUGGGCAAAAGAAUCCAUCGAGAGUUUGAUCGCAGCCUCUGAAAACUUCGAGAGAAAAAGUUUGAAAGGAUAUCAAACUCGUUCGCAGUCAUCUUCCAUGUCUGGUGCUGUUCCGUUGUCGUCUGCUGUCAAUGUCACCAUUGAUUGGUCUACGAUUGCUAACAAGAAGAAAUAUUUUGCCAUUAGAGAUGAAAUUGAAAUUUUAUUGACUUUCCAUCUCGAAGAAAUUCGUGGCUACAGAGAUAUUGUUGAAAAAUUGAAACAAUCAGAAUCGAAAGGAGAAAUUGUUGAAGUGAGUGUCAUUAGCAUUCUGUUGCCAGAUGAAUUCGGAGCUGGUUUUUGGAAAAACAAAUGUGGAGAGAACGUCUUUUCCAUGAAGAAGAAUGACUUUCUUGAUAUUAUUGAUUUAUUCUUUCAACAGUUGAAAGAUCGUGUGAAAAAGAUUUGGGUAGAUGACUUUUCUUACAUCAUUGAUCCAACAUGUGACAAUGUCGUUUCAAUCGUGGAUUUUAAACACGUACUGCAAUGGUUUGGACCUUUUGGAACCAACUUUUUUGUGCCUAUUGACAAUUUUCUGAAUAUGAAACAUUUUUGGGGAAGUAUUUCUGCAAUGGAAGCCCAAAUGCUUCUCGAUUCGGCAGACCCAGGUUCAUUCUUGAUUCGAUUUUCAGGAACAGAAGCUGGAAGUUUUGCCAUCUCUGUCAUUGAACAAGAAAGUAAUGAUAAUUUGAGUGUAGGAGAUGAAGCGACACACUACAAACAAACUUUACAUUUUCAAUUGUCACGAAAAAGAGACGACUCUAAGAUGUAUUUCAUUUUGUGUGAAUCAGACAUGGAUCAUAAAUUUGAAACUGUGGAUUCUCUCCUCAAACAUUAUCGAUUGACCUUCAAAUAUCCAUUUGUGAAUGACUCACUCAAAUUGAAAGCUAUUGAACCAGAAGAAGAGACUGACUUUUUCGGAUUUAUCAAAUCGAAUCCACAGUUGAAUCGAAUCGAUGCUGCCGAGGAUGACACGAAUUUUAUUGAAUAUAGAGGACGAAUUCCACCAACACUCAAAGAAGCACACGAGUUGCAACGUGCCAAGAUGAUGAGUAAUAAGGGUGGUAUUGGUGGUAAAAAAGGAACAUUAUCGUUGGGAAUGAAUCCAAAGUUGUUGGGUUCUACUACGACGAGUACAACGACCUCUUCGACUUUACAGAAAGUACUUUUUGGUUUGAGUGGAGCUGCUACCACCACAUCCAAUAAUGCCUCACCGACAACCACAUCAACACCUCGCUCUUCUUCUUCUUCCUCGAGUGGUGGUGAGAAGAGUGUCAGUAGUGGUGGUGGUGGUGGUAGCUCCACUCCAACCCACAUUGUCAAUCUCCACAGUGGGAAUGGAAGUAGUGAUCAGAAUACAAAUAAUAAUACUAACACAAAUAAUACCAAUAAUAAUAAUAAUAAUACUACGAAAAUGAACUUGGAGAAGGAAGGAGGCUUAACAACACCACCUCGACACCGUGUUUCAUCAGGUGGCCAAGACGGAUCCGAUGUUAGUAACCAAUCCACGACUACCACCUCUGCAUCAGUGAAUGACAUUAUUUUAGAGGAAAAGCAGUAG